GGCGCGCGGGGGCGCGCUCCGAGCACGCGCGCGGGGCUGGUUCUCCAACUGCCGCUCCCGGGGAAGAGGGCGGCUUCCCGGGAAGCCGGCCGCCGCCGCCGUCGGGACUCGGAAGUGCCGAGAGGGUUGUUGGGGACUCGCGGCGCGCGUGAACACGGCGGUCGCUGCCCGGGACAGCCCGGAGAAACUCUCAGUGUGUCUGCCUGGACCCUUCUUCACAAGGAACAAUGCUGCCCCGAUGGGAACUGUCUUUUUACCUGUUGGCUUCACUAGGCUUCCACUUAUAUUCUUUCUAUGAAGUUUACAAAGCUUCCAGAGAACAUGAAGAGGAGCUGGACCGGCAGUUUGCCCUGGAGAUUGGCACUUUAUUUGGAGGAUUAAAGAAGGACCCGACCGACUUUGAGUGGAGCUUCUGGAUGGAAUGGGGAAAACAGCGGCUGCUGCGGUUUCUGUUCGGCCACGUGGUUGUGUCUCAGCUGGCCAAUGUGCUUGCAAGGAAGCACAGACCUUGGAUCCUGGGGGCUUAUGGAAUAUGGGCCUCCUGGUGUGUGCUGGGGGCCCAUGGCACGGCCAUUAUUUUUGUCCACACCCUCAUCUCCUUCUGUGUAGCCCAGUUCCGGUCGCUGGUCCUCACAUGGCUCUGUUCUCUCCUCCUGCUCUCCACACUGAGGCUGCAAGAUGUGGAGGAAGUUAAGAGAGGCUGGUACCAAACAGAAAACGAGUACUACUUGCUGCAGUUCACGCUGACCGUGCGCUGUCUGUAUUACACCAGCUUCAGCCUGGAGCUCUGUUGGCAGGAGGUGCCCUGUGGGAGCAGCUUCUACUCCUUUCCCUGGCUGGUGGCCUAUGUCUUCUACUACCCUGUCUUCCACAACGGGCCCAUCCUCAGCUUCCCGGAGUUCAUCGCCAAGAUGCAGCAGCAAGAGUACUGCUCGCUGAAGUCCAACCUUUCCGCCUUUGCCGUGGGGCUGGGUCGCCUCCUCUGCUAUUGGUGGCUGGCUGAGCUGAUGGUUCACCUCAUGUACAUGCACGCCAUCUACAGCAGUGCCUCCCUCUUGAGGGCUGUCUCUUGUUGGACCUUAGGAGGACUGGCGUUGGCCCAUGUGCUCUUCUUCUAUCUGAAGUAUUUGGUGCUCUUCGGUGUCCCAGCUCUGCUCAUGCGCCUGGAUGGACUCACGCCGCCACCCCUCCCUCGCUGUGUGAGCACCAUGUUCAGUUUCACGGGGAUGUGGAGGUAUUUUGAUGUUGGACUGCAUGAUUUCUUAAUCAGGUAUGUGUACAUUCCAGUAGGCGGGUCCCAGCACGGCCUCCUGGGGACACUGUUUUCCACCGCAGUGACGUUUGCCUUUGUGAGCUUCUGGCAUGGUGGCUAUGACUAUCUCUGGUGCUGGGCGGCCCUCAACUGGCUGGGAGUCACCGUGGAGAAUGCAGUCCAGAGGCUUGUACAGACCCCGUGUGUCCAGGACAGCGUGGUCCAGUUCCUCUCCCCACAAGCCCGCCGUCGAUUUCACGCCGCCCUUGCAUCUUGCUCCACCUCCAUGCUCAUCCUGGCCAACCUGGUGUUUCUUGGGGGCAGCCAAGUGGGAAAAAUCUACUGGAACAGGAUCUUCGUACAAGGAUGGCCAUAUGUGACCCUCUCUGUCCUGGGAUUCCUCUACUGCUACUCCCAUGUGGGCAUUGCCUGGGCCCAGACAUACUCAGUGGACUAAUGCCGCCCAGCCGGUGCCAGCCCUUCCUGCUGGCCUCCAAGGCAACUGGUGCUUCACCCUGACCUCAUACGCCAAGAUAACCUCCAAGGAACCAGUGCGUCAUCUGCUCAUCUUUUGUUGGAGUUAUCUCCCUCCAAAACUGGAAGCUUGAGCUCUCAUAGAAAAUUGACAACCAGUGAGGCUUCUAACUUUGGGGACCAAAGCUCCCCCAGCCCCAUUACUUUCCUGUUGAGUAAGCAGGGGCCCAGAGCAGUAUUGUCUUGCCUGCUGCACAUGGUAAACUUGUGGUCUAGAACCCGGUCCCAGGGCCCUUCAGGUUCUUUCUACUUUACCAAGAAUUAAAUGCAAUAGAUAUUUCUGAAAUAUUUUGCUAACAUUUAAGUGAUUUCUUUCCCAUGUCCUGCAGUGUGGUCUCUAGAACCAGCACUGGGGUCUGAGCUUCACCCUGGCAGGGAGGAGACAAAGCCGCAGUUAAGUUUCUCAUUGUCCAGUCAAGGAAGAUACAGCAUGUCCUAUCGUGUUCCAAGAGGCCAGUACCUAAGGAGAUCUGUUAUUGGAACACUGUCACAGUGAUCGACAUUUGGAUGCUUGGUUCCCUAGAUUUGCAGAGUAUAAACAUGGCAGUUCCUCUACCGGACAGUUAAUCUUCAUUUCCCAACAAAGAAGAAUAAUUAAGGAACCAUGAGCUAGUGCACCCACAGACGGGUGCUACCAGGCAAGUGACAAAGGGUAAGGAUGGUUUUCUACGGUCCUUUUUCCUCUCUUCAUGAGUAAGCCCCAGCAGUCAUCUUCCCACUCAGUGGAUUACACUCUGGUUUAAACUGUUUUAUUUUGUUACAAAUAAAAUGGAGCCUUUUCUGUCAUACUGAUAAUUCACAUUUUUACAGAAUCAUUUUGAGUAUUUUUUAAAGAAAAUGCUUAAAAUGUAAAUAAAUACCUGUGACUCUUAUUUAACUAUUCACCCCUCUGGAAAGUGGGUGACAGGUCACUAAUAGCCGUAAGUGGUAGAAGAGGCUGAAGAGAUCUGUUUGACUUGGAUUUUUUUUUUUUUUUUUUUUUUUUCUGAGAGGGCAAGUGGUAUGUGAAGAAGCUGGGAAGUUUGAUCCAUAGUCUAUGUACCUCAUUAUGGGAGACUUAGUACAUCUCAAACCCAUGGAUAAAAUUGUUAUUGAAUGAAAUGUUCCCUUGGACCUGGGUUGGCCACAUAUCUUAUAUUUGCCAUCUGGCGUGAUCCUUGUGUCCUGGCUGUGGCUUUUAACUCAGUGAGAUUCAAACUCCUAGAAUGCAGGACCAGCCAUCUUGCUGACAUGCUUUCUUCCUACCCAUUCUGCCUGGGAGAGCAGACGUGGAUGGAGCAGGCAGGCGUGCAGUGGGUGUACCCCGGCUUGACUGCUGCUUGGAACAGACCCAGAGGGGCAGGCAGGCUGACAGCAGUGGCCUUAGCAGUUGGGUGAGUAAAGGACAGAGAGGCCCACGCAGGCGAUCCCAAGGUACUGGGAAGUUUUAAGUAGGGUAUGGUUCUGGGGAGAGAGAACACUCCAGGGACUAUAGUACAGGAUCAUGGACUGACUCAUUCUGGAACCGUGGCCAGCCACAGGGAGCCUGGCUAAGCACACACAGGGGCGUGAAGAGGAUUAUAGGCAAGUGUCUGAUGUAUGUACAUAAGUAAAUAAUGCAAAGUAUUUUGAACUCUUCAGAGACACCAUUUAUGUAAAAACAAAUUUAUUCACUCAACUUAUAUUGGAAGAAUUGGUGAAUAUAUUUGGAGCUAAUAAUCCUGAAUUUCUUUUAAGCUAUUACAUGACUUGGAGUUCUUGGGAAUUAGUUCACGAUGAGCUACAUAUUUGAGGUCUGAUUAACCAACAUGCGGAUUAUUUAGGACCAUUGUUUUCUUUCUUUGACCUCUUGCUGUUCUCCAACUGUAAUAUGAAAGCGGUAAUAGAUCUCUCUUUAUGCAUGUGAAGUAAAGUCUUGGAUUUGCUCUAAAUGAAAGACUCCUGAAGGUCCUGGCAGGACAGAGCAGCUCUGAUAUUCACUUUGCAAAAGCCAUCAGCCCCGGGCAGCUUCAGGCAUGGGGCUGGAAAACAACUAGGCAAGGUACCAAGGUCGCUUCUAGCCCCGGGAUCCUCUGACCUCAACCGAGCCCUGUGGACAAGCCGAGCUGCAAAUACGAUCACCAAGAUGAUCCCCAGGGAGGCAAGCAGGACAUCUGAAGGACAGCCACCUCUUGGUCAUUUUGACUUAUUUUGGGGACCGUGCAAGAAGAUGUCCAAGUAUAUAAUGCAUAAUAAUAUAAUUAUAUAUAAUAAGAAAUUAACCAUAAUAUAAUGAGUUUUCUAACAAAUGUCCCAGAAUAUCUCCACACAAGAGGCCCAACCACUGAGAAGCCAGGUUAUCUUGAGGGUGCUGGCCUUCCUCAGUGGGCAUUGAGAAACCCAAAGCCCUUCUUCAGGGAAACUGUUUUAUUUUAAAACAAAACAACAAAAUCCCCCUAAUAGUUGACACCCCUUUGGCACCCAGAAUGUAGUAUCUAUUUCUUAGCACUGUAUUACUAGUCCUUUUGACUAAUUACAAAAAUCAUAUUCACAAAGAGGGAUUUUUUUUCACCAUUGAGGAUAUAUAAAGAACCUAAUGUUCAGUGCUUUAUUAGGUGAAAUUUUUUUUUUUAGGUGAGACUUUUGAAUGAGUAUCAGUCACUUGGACUUCUAAAUACUAUCACCUUUCCUUUAUUUUUAUUAUGCUUUUCUGCAACGUAAUGAAAGAAUGGGUUGUAGAGGACAUCAUUAAAAAUGCUGUACUCAUACUACGGCCCUAUGGGAUCAAGCAGAGGCCCAAAUAUGGCUUGCAGAUCACAAAUUCCUCAUCCUGAGUUAUGUUCUGUCUACAAAAAGCAAGGUGUGCUUUUUGAAAUGCAGUCCCCUGGUAUUAAAAAAGAAAGGUUGACAGUCCUGUGGAGAAUCUUACCAGCAAGAAGCAAUUAUUCAAGCAAGUAUUAAAACCACAGCCAAACUGAGAGUGCUGGGACUUAGGACUAGUUCAUUUAGCGUCAAGCAGUCCUCUACCUUAGUAGCUUCUGAGACCAUCCAUGAAUUAAAGCACGGAUCAGAACUCAUAUGGUUGAUAUGGAACCACUCCAAAAAGACGCAGUUCUGUUUUUUACACUGUUUUAAAAGGCAGGGAAGCAUUAAUAGAUUUUAAACAGAUUUCAACCCAAAUUGUUUAAAAUGUAAACUUCUAAUUAGGAGGUCAUGUUCAGAUAUGUGUGAAAUCACUGUGUUGUACCACAGUUUUCCAGGGAUGGCACCAUUGGAAGGCAUCUUGGGACGUCCAAAGAACAGAUACAGCCUUAUUUCUGGAUCAUGUGGCAAACCACUGUCACAAACAUUCUCUUGCUAUGCUGUCCUUAGACACACAGUCUUGGGGUCUCUAGAAUCCUAAGGCCCCCAAAACCAGACUUACAGGUACUCUCCAAAUUAGGGCCUCCCAAACUCUUGGAAUAGAAAGUACCAUCCUUGUUCUGUCAUCUUAGGUCAGAACAUCCAAUUCAAUGCCUUAAAAUUAUGUAAGAAAAGGCAAAAAGCAAGUAUCCUGUAU